AUGGAAGAUGUUCGUAAAAACAUCUUAGCAAUGCCAUUAUCAGAAUUUCCCGGAAACCAGGAGAAUUUAACAGAAAGAAUCAAUAAGAUAUUAGACAAUAUAGCGAAUAGUAAAGACAAAAGUACAGAAAAAUUCGGAAUUCAACAAAUUUUAGAAAAUUCAAAAACAAAUUUCGAAAAAAAUACACUUGCCAUACUAAUUGGACAAGAUAGGAACUAUCCAAUCAAUAAAACAACUACAAUCAUUGGUAGAAAGUCUCCAAAAACAAAUUGUGACAUUGAUAUUUCAAGUAAUCAUGAAAUUUCAUCAAAAGUAUCACGAAACCAUUGCAAACUUACUUUGUCUACUGAUUUCGAGUUCUACAUUCAUGUAGAAGGAAGUUUCAUCCUUGUAAACGGAAUAUUAAUCAAAAAAGAUGAAAUCGUGCAUUUGAAAGAUUACGAUGUACUUGAGAUCGGUUCUCGGCUCUUUAUCUUUUACAAAAAUCCCGAAAUUUGUGGAUAA